CCGUCAUAAAUGUUUCACUCUCCCUAACAAAAAUUAGCUUUCCUCGCAUAAGCACAGGGAGAAAGAGAGGGAGAAAGGGCAGACGAAUCAGAAUUCAUAAGCAUUAUUCAUUUUCAACACUUCUCAACCAAACUUCCAUAAACCUUUGCUUUUCCAACAAAAAUCACUAUAAUUCAACAAAAACAACUCACAAAUUAAUCCAAAACUUGUUUUUAGGGCAAACCAAGGUAUCAAAAAUCAAUCGAAAACUAAAAAUUCCCUCUUUCCUUUGCUGUUCUUACAUUCAUUUAAUUGAAUUAAUCGUGGGAUUUUUUUGCAAAAAGCAAUGUUUUUCUCGGGCGAUCCAUCUACUCGAAAACGGGUUGAUUUAGGGGGGCGGAGUUCCAAGGAGAGAGACAGACAAAAGCUUUUGGAGCAAACUCGGUUGGAGCGGAAUCGUCGAUUGUUUCAACGCCAGCAGAAUUCUGCUGCUACCAAAAUUCAGAAAUUCUACAGAGCCUGGAAGGCUGUUCAAGUUGAACAUGAUAAAGUGCGAGAAAAGUUUUUCAUUACAUAUGGGAAGCGCUGCCAGAAUGUUGGCAGACAUUGUUUUGGUCCAGAUUCAAGGUUUCUCUGUGAAUUACUGUUUUUCUUCAACCCAAGAAAUGGGGGUGACCUUUUUGCUCUUUCGGAGACUUGUCGACUACUUCAGCAUUUUGCUCAAGAUACUGGGGAUGUCAUUAUAUUAUUUGCCGGCUUGGAUUAUUUAUCAAACCAUACUCUGGUGGAUCACAGGAUGAAGCAACUGAGUUAUGCGUGUAUUCGUGCUGUUCAUGCUAAUAGAAGCCAGUUCAAGAAACAACCAUCCUGGUCAGAGUCCAACCUACAUAUCUUAACAGUUUUUUUGGAAGCUGUGGCGAAGUUGAUUGAUCCUGAACUUCCAUGGGCUUGUGGAACAAUUAGCUAUCUUUUGCAAAGAAGUACCUUUACCUUGUUUAGAGAAAUAACUCUUGCUGCCAAGGAAAGUUCGAACUCUCAGAAUAUGAUUGAAGUUUCUUCCUUGGAGCAAGUGAUCACCUUAGUUAUACCACAUGUUGGCGAGAAGCCAUGUGUGUGCCAAAAUGCUGAUCAAUUGUGGAGCUUUUCGUCACAAAUUCUUUCAAUACCGUUCUUGUGGCAGAAUUUUCCUCACCUGAAAGAGGUCUUUGCUAGACAUCAGGUGUGCAAGCAUUAUGUGCACCAGAUGUCAUUGUUUGUGCGUAGUCAGACUAAAAGUCUACCAAAAGAUGUCUCAGCUGAAUAUCCAAGCUAUGCUUGCCUACUUGGAAACAUAUUAGAAGCAUCUGCACUUGUUCUAUCGGAGGCUGACAGCUCAUUUGAAAUGGCUGUUGAUUUAGCAGCAGUGGCGACAUUUUUGCUGGAGAUGCUCCCUCCUCUAAAAUCAGUCAGUAGAGAAACCAAUGAGAAUUCUGCUAUGGAAGAUGAGGAAAUGGUCGAUGUGGAAGAAUAUAAUGGAAAUGUUUUAAGCAAGGAUUUGGAAUCCCAGAUAUCUAAUGCGAUAGAUCCACGAUUUCUUCUGCAAUUGGUCAACGUUUUGCUGGGAGGAAUUCCUUCAUUCACUCAAAAAAAUAGUCCUGAUGAUAGAGAAGUGAUAGCUGUUGGGACAGCAUGUGCUUUCCUGCAUGUGACUUUUAACACUUUGCCCCUUGAACGCAUUAUGACAAUCCUAGCAUACAGGACUUCUCUUGUACCUGUUCUUUGGAGUUUUAUGAAGCGGUGUCAUGAGACUCAGAAAUGGUCAAUUGUGGCAGAGCGAUCUACUUAUUUGACAGAAGGUGUACCUGGUUGGCUGUUACCUCUGGCUGUUUUCUGCCCUGUUUACAAGCACAUGCUUAUGAUUGUUGAUAACGAAGAGUUCUAUGAACAAGAGAAACCACUGCCACUGCAGGAUAUUCGAUACUUAAUCGUAAUACUACGACAGGCAUUGUGGCAGCUUCUGUGGGUGAAUCCAGUGAAUGUGGUUAAGUACAAUGCUGAAAGCUUGACCUACAAGAAGCAGCCAUUAGAUUUUUUGCACCAUAGGGUCAGCGUAGUUGUGGCUGAGCUUCUCACUCAGUUGCAAGAUUGGAACAAUAGAAGGCAGUUUGCCCCCUCAAGUGACUUCCAUGCAGAUGGUGUAAAUGAAUUCUUUAUUUCUCAGGCUAUGCAAGAAAACAGUAGGGCACGUGAUAUAGUUAAGCAAGCUCCAUUCCUGGUUCCAUUUACAAGCAGAGUUAAGAUAUUUGCUUCGCUGUUGGCUGCAGCAAGGAAAACAGAUGGUUCUCGAGCUGUUUUUACUAGAAAUCGAGUCAAAGUACGUCGAGAUCACAUCUUGGAAGACGCUUUUAAUCAGUUGAGUGCAUUAUCAGAUGACGACCUUCGAGAGCGGAUCCGUGUAACAUUCGUCAAUGAGCUUGGGGUUGAGGAAGCUGGCGUAGAUGGUGGUGGUAUUUUCAAAGAUUUCAUGGAGAACGUCACUCAAGCUGCUUUUGAUGUACAAUAUGGAUUAUUUAAGGAGACAGCUGAUCACCUACUCUACCCUAACCCUGGGUCAGGACUAGUCCAUGAGCAGCAUCUGCAGUACUUCCGUUUCUUGGGAACAAUUCUGGCGAAGGCAAUGUUUGAAGGCAUUCUUGUGGACAUACCAUUUGCAACAUUCUUCUUGAGCAAACUGAAACAAAAGCAUAACUAUUUAAAUGACUUGCCUUCACUAGACCCAGAACUAUACCGGCACCUUAUCUUUUUGAAGCAUUAUCAAGGUGAUGUUUCAGACUUGGAAUUGUAUUUUGUCAUUGUAAAUAAUGAAUAUGGAGAACAGACAGAAGAAGAAUUGAUUCCUGGAGGGAAAAAUAUCCGUGUUACGAAUGAGAAUAUGAUUCCAUUUAUUCAUCUAAUAGCAAAUCAUCGAUUGAAUUAUCAGAUACGUCAGCAAAGCUCUCAUUUCCUCAGAGGAUUUCAGCAACUGGUACAAAAGGAAUGGAUUGAUAUGUUUAAUGAGCAUGAACUUCAGAUUUUGAUUUCAGGUUCACUUGAUGGCUUGGAUAUUGACGAUCUGCGCUGUCAUUCCCAGUACUCAGGAGGAUACCAUAAAGAUCACUAUGUUAUUGAGAUGUUGUGGGAAGUCCUCAAGAGCCUUUCUCAGGAAAACCAGAUGAAAUUUCUCAAAUUCGUCACUGGAUGCUCUCGUGGGCCACUGCUUGGGUUUAAAUCCUUAGAGCCUCAGUUUUGCAUACAAAGAGCUGGUGGUAGUGCUACAGAGGAAGCUCUAGAUCGCUUGCCAACAUCAGCAACUUGUAUGAACCUUCUGAAGCUUCCACCGUAUAGAAGCAAGGAGCAACUAGAGAGGAAAUUGCUCUAUGCUAUAAACUCAGAGGCUGGAUUCGACCUGAGUUGAUAUAGCCGAGUAUUUUUGUGCAACCCCAUGUCUCACUUCUUCCCGUUAUCGGUUUUAGCCAUGUUCCUCGGGUGUUCUCAAUCGGCGUUCAAAUUCAGCCGUAGAAGUUCAACAGGAUUAUUUUAUUCAUGUUCAGAGGCACCAUCAAAGAAAAGCAAGAAGGAGAGAGAUGGGCAAGAUUAGGCGAAGAAUCACUGUAGAUAAGAGUAUAUUACCAACACUGCUUCAUGUACAUGUGAAUGUCCGAGUUCAAAGUUGUAAAAUAUUAAGCUUUGAUAAGUUGUAUGUAUAGGGUGAUAACCUUCCUAGUAUUGAGCAAUGUCAGCUUUUGUAGGAUCAACUUAUAUAUAUUGGCUGAUAUAGAGAGCGUUCCCUUAGAUAAACGAUGGUUGCUGUCUGUAGAUGCUCAAACAGAAAAAUGGAAACAAAGCAAAUUAAUUUUUGUAUCUAAUGAAUGGAUGAUUAAAAGA